AGGAGGAGCUGCUUUGCAUCCCUUCACGUCAGCCCUGCCUCCUUCCCUCCUUCUUCCUUCCUGCGCACCCAGCGCCGGGCCCGCAGCCGCCGUUACCGGAGCCUCCGCCGCUACCGGAGUCACCACCGGGGAGGAAGCGCACGCCAUGCCCGGCAGGCGGCGAGAGAUGGAUCGCUUCACCGAGUGCGGCACCCAGACAGACGCGGUGGUGGUGCUGUCCCUGGCACAGGCCGCGGUGCUGGGCUUGGUGUCUGACAAUGAGCUGCUCGGGGCCACCGUCAGCCCUGCUGGCUUCUUCCCAGGGCUGGCAGCAGAGCUGCCCGACACCGACGCUGCGGCAGAGCCUGGGGAGGCAGAGGGCGAGGGCCAGCCGGAGGGCGAGCAGGAGGAGGACGCCUUGGAGGCAGAGUCCUCCCUGGAGAAGCACGCCCGGAGGAGGAAGCGGCCACCCGUGAGGCUGGUGCCCAAGGUCAAGCGUGAGAAGGCAGAGGCCGAGACGCCGUACGAGGUGCCCGUCCCCGCGGGCGAGGAGGGCGAGGGGCAGCGCGGCCGCUCCCGCCGUCAGCAGGAGCCCGGCCAGGAGCAGGAGGUGCAGAGCAGCUCGGUGAAGAUGAUCGACCUGGGCGCCUUCAGCAGGAAGCCCCGGCGCCUGCGGCACCUGCGCCGCCAUGCGCGCCCCGAGCCGCCGGGCACCGAGGGCCACCUCGGCGGCGCUGACCCGGCCGGCGCGGCGGCGGCGGCGAACGACGGCGCGUCAGGAACGCCGCGCACCGACUGCGCCUUGGAGGCGGCCGCCCCGUCCCCCAGCGAGGAGGAGCCCCCCGUGCCGGCGUCUCCCGAGGCGGUGAAGAGCGAGCAGGGCUUCGGCUGGCAGGAGGCGGGCGAGCUGGAGGUGGAGGCGGGCGGCGGCAGCAGCGAGCGCAACAAGAAGGCGCAGCUGGACCGGCUGGACAUCAACGUGCAGAUCGACGACUCCUACCUGGUGGAGGCGGGCGACCGGCAGAAGCGCUGGCAGUGCCGCAUGUGCGAGAAGUCCUACACCUCCAAGUACAACCUGGUCACCCACAUCCUGGGCCACAACGGCAUCAAGCCCCACUCCUGCCCGCACUGCAACAAGCUCUUCAAGCAGCCCAGCCACCUGCAGACCCACCUGCUGACCCACCAGGGCACGCGGCCCCACAAGUGCGAGGUGUGCAGCAAGGCCUUCACCCAGACCAGCCACCUGAAGCGGCACAUGCUGCUGCACAGCGACAUCAAGCCCUACAGCUGCCGCUUCUGCGGCCGCGGCUUCGCCUACCCCAGCGAGCUGAAGGCCCACGAGGUGAAGCACGAGAGCGGCCGCUGCCACGUCUGCGUGGAGUGCGGGCUGGACUUCUCCACCCUCACCCAGCUGAAGAGGCACCUGGCCACCCACCAGGGCCCCACGCUCUACCAGUGCCUGGAGUGCAGCAAGUCCUUCCACUACCGCAGCCAGCUCCAGAACCACAUGCUGAAGCACCAGAACGUCCGGCCCUUCGUCUGCACCGAGUGCGGCAUGGAGUUCAGCCAGAUCCACCACCUCAAGCAGCACUCCCUCACGCACAAGGGCGUGAAGGAGUUCAAGUGCGAGGUGUGUGGGCGGGAGUUCACGCUGCAGGCCAACAUGAAGCGCCACAUGCUGAUCCACACCAGCGUCCGGCCCUACCAGUGCCACAUCUGCUUCAAGACCUUUGUGCAGAAGCAGACCCUCAAGACACACAUGAUUGUCCACUCACCAGUGAAGCCCUUCAAGUGCAAGGUCUGUGGGAAGUCCUUCAACCGCAUGUACAACCUCCUGGGCCACAUGCACCUGCACGCUGGCAGCAAGCCCUUCAAGUGUCCCUACUGCUCCAGCAAGUUCAACCUGAAGGGCAACCUCAGCCGACACAUGAAGGUCAAGCACGGGGUGAUGGACAUCAGCCUGGACAGCCAAGAUGCCAUGAUGGAGCUGGCUGGGACUGACCACACCGAGCUGGACGGGCAGCAGGAGAUGGACGACUUUGAGGAGAACUCUUAUGGCUACAGUGGGGUGGGCAGUGUGCCGGAGGAGCAGGCCAUGAAGGAGAUGGCCUACUACAACAUGUUGUAGCUGCAGGGCAAGGGGACUGCCAGGGCCAGCGCUGACUCCGUGUGGCCAGGGGAGCUGCUUCCGGCAGCCACCCACUUGGCCCUGCACCCCUACCCCCGACGGUGGGGGGGGUCUGGCUGGGUUUGGUGUAGGAGAGGACUGGGAUGUCCAAAUGCUGGGGUGGAGGCUGUCGGUGGCAGUAGGCACACAGGACCGGCACGCUGGAGACUUGCCUCCAGCUGCUGCCAGACCCUUGCCAGAGCUCAGUGCAGCUCCCACCAUGGAUGGACCCAUCCCUCCUUCCCCAGCACCCCAGAGAGGUCAUGCUAAGCUGUGCCCAGCUGCCUGCACACCUUGUGCCCAGUGCUGGCAUCCCUUCACCCCAAUCCUGCACCACAGCACGGUGGCAAGCCUAGGCCCUGCCUCUGCCACCCCCUGAAGCUGUGGGCGUGGGUGGGCACACUCCAGCAGCUGAUGAACGUCUCUAAUGAUUCUACCUCCUGGGUGCCCCUCCGCCUGCUGCAGGAGGUGGGUUCGAGGCUCCUGCUCUUCCCAGGGCCAGAGCUGCUCUGCUCACCCUGGCACUGGCUGCGGGCUGGCGUGGGCAGAGCUGCAGCACCAGGCCAGGGGGCACACACAGAAUAUUUUCUUACAGAAAGAGAGCGAAGCUCAGCGGCAGCUCUGGGCGCGGGGCGGCAGCUCUGGGCGCGGGGCGAGCGCAGCGGCGUGGGGAGGCUCCAGCCCCCUGCAGCAAAUGAUGGUAUUUUAGAGUAAUUUAUUUUUGUCAGCGUGCUUGGGUUGGUCUCUUCACCAGGUUCAGUUUCCUUCAACCAGUGUGCUUUGUAAACCUGUGCAACGUCUCUGCUCUCUGCGUGGCGGCUGGGGGCUGCUCGGGGAGGGGCUGAGGACCAGAGUGGGGCGUCCCACUAUCCUUGGGGCAACUGGACACUGACAGGACCCUACUACUGAACUGCAGGUGCUCUCCAUGCUCCCUUCUACCCCUUCUUCAUCCCUGCCAGCUGCUUAGGGGCUCAGAACAAGGCUUUGACUCAAGCAGCCCUCUGGGGGUGGCAUCUCUGCCUUCCCUUCUUCUGGUAGUGGGGGAAGACAGAAGCUGGGGCAGCACUGGAAGGCUGGGACUACUGUCCUGGCUCUGCACCCUUCUAGCUCUGGGACAGGGUGCUGGGCAGCACUCACUCCAGAAAGAUUGCACCAAUGUCUGGGAGGCUGCAGCAGGCUCCCCCCCAACCCUGUGUGGGCACAGGGCUGGGCAUCAUCUGCCUCAUCCCCAAAAGCUCCAGGCUAGCUCUGAGGAGUGGGGUGGUGUCACCUCCUACCUCUGCCACCAAGCAAGGAAGGUGUCUGCCCUCCUUGCCCUCACCUAUGGAACCCUAGGCAUCCUUGGGGCAGGAUGGAGCUGGCUGCAGUGCUGGCCAGCCCAGAGCCCUUCCUCCAGUGGGGCAGCCCCCCCACACACACACUACCUCAGUCCCAGCACCAAACAGCUGGGCAAGGCCGAGAUGAGGAGGCCUCACUGCUGUUAUGAGAGCUGUGGCACCAGGGGGGGCUGUAACACCACGGGACAAGACAGAGGCUCUGAUGCCAGCAGUGCCACGUGGCUCCCUGGUGUUCCUCCCGAGCACACGCCCCUGCCCCCGCAGAGCCCUGCUGUGUGUUGGUUGUUUUUUUGCAGAGCAAAAUGAGCAAUAAUUCAAAUAAACACUUUUGCUUUA